AUGCGCGUCCUCAUCUCUAUCAUCUGCUCUUUCACACUCUACUUCCUCCUUGUGACGCCCGUCUCUGCUCAGGACACAAAUCUCACAGCAGUCAAGCAGGCUUUUGAUGCGGCUGGGUUGCUUCAUGAUGUUCCGCUCGGAUUCGAUCCCACUGUUCUGCUUGGCGUCACCUAUUUCUCUCCCGAGGCUAGGCCCAAGACGCUGUAUUCUGGUAUCCAGAUGGCGAUGAAAGAAACCUACCCUAUGCCAAUUUUCAGCGUUGUCGGCAACCCAGGCCUCGGUCCGCUCGUCCUCGCCAUGAUUGACCCGGACGCGAGCUCGCGCCCGACCCCCAACAUUGCCGAAAUCCGCCACUUCCUGCAAGGGGGCUACGCCUUCGAUCCAAUUUCUGGAUUGCUCAAUGCACUUCCGUCAGUUUCUGGGAUGCCGCCGUACCACUACCCUCGACCGUCCGUCGGAUCUGGUCUACAUCGGUGA